AUGGCUCAGAAAGGGGGGGCCCGAGCACCUUUCAAUAAUUGGCCCAACGAUGCAGGCUUCGAAGCCACGGCUGAGCAUCGCACCCCGGUGGAGUUGCCGGUCAUGGGAACCCUUCCAAACCAACUGGCCGGGACUUUGUACAGAAUCGGUCCUGGAACAUACAAGGUCAAAGACAGCGACUUUCAGCUCAGCCACUGGUUUGACGGAUUCUCCUUUGUGCACCGAUUUGAGUUGGUGCCACAAUCCACCACCGGGUCCUGCAAAGUCUUCUACAACGCCCGAGGGCAGGUCGACGCGUUGACGGAAGAAGCACGAAAGUCCGGCACGCUGAAAGGCAUGACCUUUGGACAGAAGCGAGAUCCAUGCGAAAGCAUCUUCCGCAAGGUCAAGUCGUUCUUCCAUCCGCCCUUCAAUUCCAAGGACCCAGGGCUUGUUAAUGCCGGGGUCACUGCAUCGAGCCUACAAGUUCCCGGCGCGUCGUUGGCGGCAGCCCGCAGCCUGACAUCGCUGACUGAUGCCAAUGUUCUCAAACACAUUAACCCCGAGACGCUGGAACCAAUGGGGGUCACUCGCCAGGUGGAUCUGCACCCAGACCUCAAAGGCCCACUGUCCUGUGCCCAUGCGGAAGUUGACCCGACGACGGGUGACUUCUACAACUUUAACCUCAACAUGCGGAGGUAUGCUACGUACCGCAUCUUCCGCACGUCUGCCACCACGGGGCAGACCGAGAUCCUCGCCACAAUCACCGGUCCGGAGGUGAAGGCGGCGUAUCUACAUUCUUUUUUUCUCAGCGCCGACUACGUGAUUCUGUGCGUCUGGCCCGCCAACUAUGCGGCCGGGGGGUUGAAAAUCCUUUGGGAGAGAAACAUCGCAGAUGCGAUCAGUUUCGAUCGCAUGGCGCCGGCGCGAUGGUAUGUUGUGGAUAAAGUGCACGGCCAAGGCGUUGUGGGUACAUAUCUUAGCCCCGCAUUCUUCUGCUUUCACACCAUCAAUGCGUGGCAGGAAACGAACCGUGCGGGGAAUGAUAAUGGUGAUGAUGAUGAUGAUGAUGAUGCUGACGGAAGCCUGACGAUCACCGACAUCUUCUGCGAUAUCAUUCAAUAUCCUACCGACGAGAUGAUCCAGCGCGCAUACUACGAUACGAUGGUGUCCACCGGCCCGAACGUGACCAGGUACUAUGGCAGCGAGCUCUCGCGUCCUCGCUUGGUUCGCUAUCGUUUACCGGCUGUGACCAGGGCCGCCAAAGAGGACGACGCGAAGGAGAGAUCAUCUGAGCCCGACGCCAUCCUCCCCUUGCCAAACGCCGAGGCGAUACUAACAAUAGACAACGAUCACUGUGUCGGCGACCUCCCGACCUUCAAUCCGCGGUUCAGAACCAGAAAGACGCGAUACGUCUACAAUCUCAUCAACCAAGGCAAGGUAUACACACAUCCGUCCAUCCAUCCCGAAUCCCCAUCUGCACUUUCUUUUUGUUCUUCCCAGCCGAAAUCCACCCAACUAGAGGGCAUUGGUGGUGGUCGUGGCUGA